CAAACCAAACAAGCAUAUUUUUCUUAUUGUGCAUAUAUAUUUAUUAUAAGAGUCUUCGUCUAUUGAAGUGAAAACAAGUAGAACUAUAAUGGAAGAGGAGUUGCCACAAAGCUUAAAAUUAGAAAAGAAAUGGCAGAUAAGUUGGGAUGCUUUAUCUCAAGAACUAAAGAAAACGAAUCGAAUCGUUGCUCCGAUGGUAGCAGUCACAGUGUUUCAGUACCUCUUACAAGUUGUAUCGAUCAUAAUGGUUGGACAUCUUGGACAGUUAGCCCUGUCUAGUGUAGCCAUUGCAACUUCCCUUACUAACGUCACCGGUUUCAGCCUACUUUCAGGGCUAGUUGGUGGUUUGGAGACACUAUGUGGACAAGCUUAUGGAGCUAAGCAAUAUCACAAACUCAGUACAUAUACUUAUACUGCUAUAAUCUCUCUGUUUCUUGUAUGCUUACCGAUAUGUGUGUUGUGGUUCUUCAUGGAUAAAUUGCUUAUAUUGAUUGGACAAGAUCAUGAAAUCUCAAUCGAAGCACGGAAGUAUGCAUUAUGGGCAAUCCCUGCUUUGUUUGGUGGUGCAAUUUCUAAACCAUUAGUUAGAUACUUGCAGACACAAAGUUUGAUUUUGCCUAUGCUUCUAUCGUCGUUGGCUGUUUUAUGCUUACACUUGCCGAUAAGUUGGGGUUUCAUAUUUAAAUUGGAGCUAGGAAACAUUGGAGCUGCUAUAGCCUUCAGUGUAUCCACUUGGUUAUAUGUACUAUUUCUUGCAUUACAUGUUAGCUUUUCUACCUCUUGUGAGAAGACUCGAACGCCUUUCUCCAUGGAUGUCUUCUUAGGUAUCAACGAAUUCUUCCGUCUAGCUGUCCCUUCUGCUGUCAUGGUUUGCCUCAAAUGGUGGUCACUUGAAGUGCUUACUCUGCUAUCAGGCCUUUUACCAAAUCCAACACUUGAGGCAUCAGUGUUGUCAAUAUGCUUAACAAUUUCCACUUUACACUUCACUAUACCAUAUGGCUUUGGAGCUGCUGCAAGUACUCGUGUUUCGAAUGAAUUGGGAGCUGGGAAUCCUAAACGAGCUCGAAUGGCAGUUCAAGUAGUAAUGUUUCUAGCAGUAAUAGAGACAGUAGUGUUGAGCACAAGUAUGUUCGGAAGCAGACAUAUAUUAGGAAGAGGAUUCAGCAAUGAAAAGCAAGUUGUGGAAUAUAUUGCUUCAAUGACUCCUCUUCUAUGUCUCUCUAUUAUCACAGACAGCUUACAAGCCGUCAUCUCCGGUAUAGCAAGGGGAAGUGGAUGGCAACAUAUAGGGGCAUACAUAAAUUUAGGAGCAUUCUAUUUGGUAGCAAUUCCUUUAGCAGUGGUGUUAGGGUUCACUCUACACAUGAAAGCAAAGGGCCUUUGGAUUGGAAUAGUGGUUGGUUCUACUAUACAAUCCAUCAUUCUAUCUAUUGUUACAUGUUUUACAGACUGGGACAAACAGGCAAAGAAGGCAAGAGAAAGGAUACUUGAAGGAACAAGUUAAUAAGAAGACCAACAACAACAACGUACACUGUGGCAUAUCUUGCCUUGUCACCUCUUUCUCUCUUCAUUAACCAACCUCUCGCACCUCCUCAUUGGUGCGUCUAUGCAUCUCCUAUUCACAUGUCCAAAUCAUCUCAGUCUCACUCCAACGUGGAGAUCAGUCCCACCUUAUUUCAGAUAUCUUCAUUUCUAAUCAUAUUGUUGCUAUAUGAUCACACAUCUACUUCAAUAUCUGCAUUUCCUCAAGGAAAUGUCUUUAAGCUAAAAGUAUUGUACGUACAUUCAGAAUUAUACAUAUACACUUUGUAUUGAAUCAUCUGGUUACAAGAGGAUGAACAUAAUACCUAAUGAGGAGAUGAAAAUAUAAAAAAGAAUCAAAGUAAUAACAAUCAAUUGUUUGUUAUUUAAUGCGAA